GGUCUCCGUGUGAGUCGCGCGCCUUCCUGCCGCUAAGAUGGCGGCCGAGCACCCAGAGCCUCCCAAGGGGGAGUUGCAGCUGCCGCCGCCGCCGCCGCCGCCAGGGCACUAUGGCUCCUGGGCUGCCCAGGAGCUGCAGGCCAAGCUGGCAGAGAUCGGAGCGCCGAUCCAGGGGAGCCGCGAGGAGCUGGUGGAGCGACUGCAGACCUACACGCGCCAGACCGGCAUGGUGCUGAAUCGGCCGGUUCUGAGACGGGACGAUGGGGACAAGGCGGCUCCCCCUCCCAUGUCGGCGCAGCUCUCCGGCAUUCCCAUGCCACCGCCACCCAUGGGACUCCCUCCUCUUCAGCCGCCGCCUCCUCCACCUCCACCUCCACCGGGCCUCGGCCUCGGCUUCCCCAUGGCUGGAGGACCCCACCCCCCCACCUUGGGGCCGCCUCCUCCCCUCCGAGUGGGCGAGCCCGCGGGGCUGUCCGAGGAGGAACGGCUGAAGCUGGCGCAGCAGCAGGCGGCAUUGCUGAUGCAACAAGAGGAGCGUGCCAAGCGGGCAGCUGUGAUGCUGGAGCAGGAGAGGCAGCAGGAGAUGGUCAAGAUGGGCACCCCGGUGCCUCGGCCCCCACAGGACAUGGGCCAGAUGGGCGUUCGCACUCCUCUGGGUCCUCGAGUGGCUGCUCCGGUGGUCCCCACACCCACUGUUUUGCCCAUGGGGGCCCCUGUUCCCCGACCUCGUGGCCCCCCACCACCCCCUGGAGAAGAAAACCGAGAGCUGGACGACCCCUCUGUGGGCCCCAAGAUCCCCCAGGCCUUGGAGAAGAUCCUGCAGCUGAAGGAGAGCCGCCAGGAAGAAAUGAACUCUCUCCAGGAGGACGAGGAGAUGGAGACAGACGCUCGCUUGUCCCUGGGCCAGCCAACUUCCGAGACCGAGGAUGACAGCGGGUCCAUGUCCAAGAAAGAGAAAAACCGGAAGCGUCGGAACCGCAAGAAGAAGAAAAAGCCCCAGCGGGUGCGGGGCACGUCGUCUGAGAGCUCUGGGGACCGGGAGAAAGAUUCAACCCGCCCCCGCGGAUCGGACGUCCCUGCUGCUGCCGCCGCGGCCAGCGCCGACGUGGAAAUCGAGUACGUGACUGAGGAGCCGGAGAUUUAUGAGCCCAACUUCAUCUUCUUCAAGAGGAUUUUUGAGGCUUUCAAGCUCACGGACGACGUGAAGAAGGAGAAGGAGAAGGAGCCCGAGAAGCCGGACAAGCUGGAGAGCUCCAUGGUCCCCAAGAAGAAGGGCUUCGAGGAGGAGCCCAAGGACAGCGACGACGACAGCAGCGACGACGAGCAGGAGAAGAAGCCGGAGGCCCCCAAGCUGUCCAAGAAGAAGCUGCGUCGCAUGAAUCGCUUCACGGUGGCCGAGCUCAAGCAGCUGGUGGCACGGCCCGAUGUCGUGGAGAUGCAUGACGUGACGGCUCAGGACCCCAAGCUCCUGGUGCACCUCAAGGCGACGCGCAACUCUGUGCCGGUGCCGCGCCACUGGUGCUUCAAGCGCAAGUACCUGCAGGGCAAGCGGGGCAUCGAGAAGCCGCCCUUCGAGCUGCCGGACUUCAUCAAGCGCACGGGCAUCCAGGAGAUGCGAGAGGCCCUGCAGGAGAAGGAAGAGCAGAAGACCAUGAAAUCCAAGAUGCGCGAGAAGGUCCGGCCCAAGAUGGGCAAGAUCGACAUUGACUACCAGAAGCUGCACGACGCCUUCUUUAAGUGGCAGACCAAGCCGAAGCUGACUAUUCAUGGGGACCUCUACUAUGAGGGGAAGGAGUUUGAGACGCGGCUGAAGGAGAAGAAGCCAGGAGAUUUGUCAGAUGAGCUGAGGAUCUCCCUGGGGAUGCCAGUCGGACCAAAUGCCCACAAGGUCCCUCCCCCGUGGCUGAUUGCCAUGCAGCGAUACGGACCACCCCCGUCGUACCCCAACCUGAAGAUCCCGGGCCUGAACUCGCCCAUCCCUGAGAGUUGCUCCUUUGGGUACCAUGCCGGCGGCUGGGGCAAGCCGCCCGUCGAUGAGACUGGGAAGCCGCUGUACGGGGACGUGUUUGGCACCAACGCUGCGGAAUUUCAGACCAAAACGGAGGAGGAAGAGAUUGACCGGACCCCCUGGGGGGAGCUGGAGCCCUCGGAUGAGGAGUCUUCAGAAGAGGAGGAAGAGGAGGAGAGUGAUGAAGAUAAGCCAGAUGAAACAGGCUUCAUCACCCCUGCAGACAGCGGUCUCAUCACUCCCGGAGGCUUCUCGUCAGUCCCAGCUGGCAUGGAGACACCAGAGCUCAUUGAGCUGAGGAAGAAGAAGAUCGAGGAGGCCAUGGACGGGAGUGAGACCCCUCAGCUGUUCACUGUGUUGCCUGAGAAGAGAAUGGCCACUGUUGGGGGAGCCAUGAUGGGCUCGACCCACAUCUACGACAUGUCCACUGUGAUGAGCCGCAAGGGCCCGGCACCGGAAUUGCAAGGGGUGGAAGUGGCCCUGGCACCCGAAGAGUUGGAGUUGGAUCCCAUGGCCAUGACCCAGAAAUACGAGGAACAUGUGCGGGAGCAGCAGGCCCAAGUGGAGAAGGAAGACUUCAGCGACAUGGUGGCUGAGCAUGCUGCCAAACAGAAGCAAAAGAAGCGGAAAGCCCAGCCUCAGGACAGCCGUGGGGGCAGCAAGAAAUACAAGGAGUUCAAAUUUUAGAUUCCACCUCCCCACAUCCAGCUCUCCUUUAGGCCCUCUCCCUGGACGCGUGGCCAUCGUCCUUCACACAUGUGGUCCAGGAACCAGCCCACCUGUGCUUUGCCCAGGGCUCCGACUUUCAUGUUCUUCUUUCUUCUUUAUUUUGUAAAUAAAGCCUGUUUCCCAAGGAAA